UAGGUUUUUCCGAGGCGCAGCGAACGCAGCACUCAGUUAGACGGGUGGGCGGAGACACCGGGACAGAGCUGGAGCGACGGUCAGUCCACGCAGGAAAGACGGGAGCCUCCACGUCCUCGCGGCGGGGACACAGAAGAGGAGCGACCCCCGGGAGGCCCGUAGGUUGACCGGAGUCUUCAGGUGUCCGCGCAGAGACUCGGACCGGCAUCGUUCCACCGCGCGAGCCCGUCGGCAUGCAGCUGAGAGGCGCGCGCGGGGCGGCGGGACGCGGCUGAUGGUCUGCAGCGGAGCUCGGUGCACAGAGACCCGCAGAUCCGUCCGAAACCCGGAGGAGCGCCAUGCGGAACUCGUGGAGCGCGGCUGUGUACUGCGUCCUCCUGCAGGCGCUGCUGCAGCCCGGCACAGGUCUGAACGUGUGCACCAGCGGCAGCGCGGCCUCCUGUGAAGAAUGCCUGCUGAUCCAUCCCAGCUGCGCCUGGUGCGCUCAAGAGGUCUUUGGGAGGGACCGGACUCUGACGUCCCGCUGUGAUCUGGUUCAAAACUUGCAAAAGAAGAACUGUGAGAAGCGCUUCAUUGAGUACUCGACCAGCCACGUCCAAGUGCUGAAGAACCUCCCCCUGAGCUCCAAAAGAGCCGGGUCUGUCUGGGACCGUGUGGUCCAGGUCAGUCCCCAGAAGAUAUCCCUGAGCCUGCGUCCAGGACACCAGGCACAGUUCAGUCUGCAGGUUCGACAGGUGGAGGACUACCCGGUGGAUCUGUACUACUUGAUGGACCUCUCACUGUCUAUGAAGGACGACCUGGACACCAUCCGGAACCUGGGAACCAAGCUGGCCCUUGAGAUGGGGAAACUCACCAGCAACUUCAGACUGGGCUUCGGCUCCUUCGUGGACAAGAACAUGUCGCCGUUCUCCUACACCGCCCCCAAGUAUCAGGAAAACCCUUGCAACGGAUACAAGCUGUUCCCCAACUGCGUCCCCACCUUUGGUUUCCGGCACAUCCUCCCCCUGACUGACCAGGUGGACCGAUUUAACCAAGAGGUGCAGAAGCAGUUGGUAUCUCGCAACAGGGACGCUCCUGAAGGGGGAUUUGACGCCAUCCUGCAGGCAGCUGUAUGUGAGGACAAAAUCGGCUGGAGGAAAGAGGCGUACCACCUGCUGGUAUUCGCCACCGACGACGUGCCGCACCUGGCUCUGGAUGGGCGGCUGGGGGGCCUGGUUCAGCCUCACGACGGGCGGUGCCACUUGGAUGACCAAAACGAGUACAGCGCCUCCACAAAGAUGGAUUAUCCGUCUCUGGCUUUGCUGGGGGAGAAGCUGGCAGAGAACAACAUCUUCCUCAUCUUUGCUGUAAACAAGCGGCACUAUGUCAUUUACAAGAACUUCACGGCUCUCAUACCAGGAACCACGGUGGAGAUUCUGGACCAGGACUCCAAGAACGUGAUCCAGCUGAUCGUCACAGCCUACAGUAACAUCCGCUCCAAAGUGGAGCUGACCAUGUCGGACCCUCCAGAGGACAUCAGCCUAUCCUUCACCGCCACCUGCCAGGAUGGGCAGCCCCUGCCGGGCCUCAGGAAGUGUGCUGACCUGAAGAUAGGAGACACGGUCUCCUUCGAUGUGAGCGUGGAGACGAGGAGCUGUCCCUCAAGCAACCCCAAACAGAGCUUCACCAUCAAGCCGGUGGGCUUCGAGGACCGCCUGGAGGUGGUCGUGGCGUACGAGUGCGACUGUGGCUGCAGCCGGGACGCGCAGACCAACAGCAGCGUCUGCAGCUCCAUCGGUACAUACACCUGUGGUACCUGUCACUGCGAGCCGGGAUAUCUGGGUGCCAGCUGCGAGUGCCAGGAGGGCGAUGCCAGCAGCAUGGCUGUCGGCGCCUGCCGGGAAUCUGAGGGCAAGCAGCUGUGCAGCGGGCGUGGGGAGUGCAGCUGCAACCAGUGUCUGUGCUACGAGUCAGAGUUUGGCAAGUUCUACGGCAGCUUCUGCGAGUGCGACGACUUCUCCUGCGCCCGACACAAAGGCAUCCUGUGCUCAGGUCACGGCGAGUGUCACUGUGGUCAGUGCAAAUGCCACUCCGGCUACAUUGGCGACAACUGCAACUGCUCCACGGAGACGGCGUCCUGCAUCGCAGACGAUGGGACCAUGUGCAGUGGGCGGGGCCAGUGCGUGUGCGGGCGCUGUCAGUGCACGGAGCCGGGGGCUUUCGGGGACACCUGUGAAAAAUGCCCCACCUGCCCCGACGCCUGCGGCACCAAGCGAGACUGCAUCGAGUGUCGGCUCUUCGGCUCAGGAAGACUCGCAGACAACCAGACCUGCCAGCGGCUGUGCAAGGACCAGAUCCUCACCGUGGAGACCCUGAAAACGGAUGAACCCGGCACCGUCCUCUGCCUCUACAAGACCCACGAAGAGUGCGUCAUGAAGUUCACAUACACGGAGCACGCCAGCGGGCAGUCUGUCCUGGAGGCGCUCAAAGAGCCCGAGUGCGGCGGCGGCGGUCCGGACGCCCUCAUGGUGCUGCUCGCCGUGGUCGGCAGCAUCCUCCUGGUGGGAGUGGUCCUGCUCGCCGUCUGGAAGCUCGUCAUUACCGUUCACGACCGCAGAGAGUUCGCCCGCUUCCAGAGCGCACGAUCGCGAGCUCGAUAUGAGAUGGCCUCCAACCCCCUGUACAAGCAGCCCGUCUCCACGCACUGCCUAGAAACAGACUUUGACAUGUAUGGGAAGUCCUACAACGGCGGUUUCCACUGAUCAGAAGGCCUGCCACCCAGCAGGGCUGAUCCUGGAGGACGAGAACCCCCCGGCACUUCCCUUCAACCCCUCCCAUGAUGGAGGAGGGGAGCAGCUCCAGCGGAGAUCCCACUGUUCAGACGUUUGAGUGCAUGUGCAGAUGGAUGCUUCAGACUCCAGAAGACGCUUUGAACUCUACAGUUUGGAGGCAGGAUUUGGUACUAACACUCACUAAGCCCGUCGUUUUGCACAGAGAGGACCGAGAACACAUCAGGCUGACGUUCUUUGAAUGCUUUGGUUGCACUAGUUUCUCUAAACGCCAGUUCUUAGUUUCUCUGUAGUUUGAUCCUGUCGAGGUUCAGAGCUGGUCUGGAUCCUGACAGGAUGAGGGAGGGGGGUUCUGCUGAGUUUGUUUAUUUUCUGGAGGAUUUCCAGCAGGUAAACACACACCUGCUUUGACAUGAAUCCCGUUUUUCAGUGAAUCUAGAUUUUUCUUAUGCUCAUCGGUUUUCUUCAACUCUCAGUUCAGUUCAACUGUCCGGAAAAGAACUUUCAUGUAUAGAUGGGACAAAAAAUCCAUUUUACAGCAGUUUUGCAUUUGUAUUUAGUUUUUUCAGGGGGGUCAUAAUGGUGGGGGUCAUAAUGGAUGCAGAAAUAAAGCUCAGGAACAGAGGACCUGCCCAGGUGAGUGGCUCCCUGGUAGCUCCGCCCACACGGCUGUCCUGCCUUUGCGUCCUCCAGCCGUUGAACCUGAUUGUUCUUGUUGGACCCGAUCCGUUCAUCACCUGUAGAUGAUUUCUGCUUCGCUUCUGAAACCCCACACCUGUGCACCUGAACAGCCUCAGUGACACCGCUCACGGGUCGCUCCAUUCUGGGGGGGGGGGGACGUUGAAAAGUUACUGCAUCGGUUUGUAUAAAAUAGAAAUCAUUUGGUUUGAUUCUGUAAAGCACAAGGGUUGGAAAUACAUUUGAAAAUAAAUGAAAUGUUUCUAGAAAUAAAAGUGAAACUAUGAAGACUCUGGUCUGAGCUCUAAUAAAAAUCUAUUAACUCUU